AUGGUCGAAUGGGUCGAAAUAGAGUCUCCAUUAGGACAUUACAUUUACCACGCCUCAAUAGAAAUAUGCCUGAAAACCAACACACGCACCGUUAUUGACUACAAUGAAUUACUGAACCUUGCUACUGUCAAACAAUGGGCACAACCAGAAGAGCUGAUAGAUCCACCGGAGUUCUGGAAAACAUUCGUUGAAACAGAACUCACAACGAUUGCCACAAAACCAAGCCUGUCGGCCCAUUUCACUUAUGGCGAGCUUGCCUGUGCUCUUCGGUUAGAUGCGCUCACAAACUCUCACCCAAUCGAGGUCGAAGUCUCAUCACCGGAUGAAAUCGAUGAAAUUUUUGAUACGAUAUCCUAUUGCAAAGGAUCUAGUUUAAUCCACAUGGUUCACGCAUUCCUUGGGGACAAAGCGUUCCGCGAAGGAUUAUGCACCUAUCUGGCUAAGCAUGCUUAUGCGAAUGCGACCACGGAAGAUCUUUGGAUCGCACUGGGUGCCUCUUCGAGGGUUGACGUGGCCUCAAUCAUGCGCCCGUGGACGCGAACUGCAGGCUUCCCGGUGGUGACGGUUCAACCCCAAUCGAUUCAAGAUGGACGUUUACUAGUUAGCUUGAAGCAACAACAAUACCGACUGCCUUCAUCCGAUUCCAGCUCUACUUCGGAUGCACAGCUUUGGCCGGUUCCCGUUGUUUUUGUCUGCUCGUCCGAGGACAACAAACAUCACAUAACGCACAAACACGUUCUGCACAUGGCCGAGGAAGUUGUUCAAAUCCCAUUGACUUGGCCGGCCAGCAGUUUGAACGAGUGUCUUGUACGUAUCAACACCGAUGCGACCGGAUUCUAUCACGUACGGUAUGCGGAAGAUCAACUGUCCCGACUUAUAACACACAUGAAGUCAACCAAAUGGUCUACCGCGAGUCGAUUCGCUUUCAUUAACGACGGAUUUGCAUUGGCCAAAGCCGGAAUGAUCAGUAUCUCCCACUGGCUUUCGCUUCUGCCCAAACUUAUGGAAGGCGAGGAGUCUUAUUCUAUUUGGCGAUGCGUACUUGUGGACGGUCUGGCAACGUACGUUCGACGCAUUGUUCACGAGAGUGAUAUCCCCGAUAAGCUGUAUCACCAAUUCUUGCGCAAAAUUGCCGUUCCGGUUCUUGAUAAACUUGACUUUUUUGCCGACAAACAGUCCACGCCCUCAAUUGCACUGACACAUGAUACUCAUUUGCUGCGUUCGCUGCUCAUUUCGACUGUGGGCGCGGAAGCUGGCGAUCCGAAUGUGAUCGCAGAGGCCAAUCGACGCUAUACCGCGCACAAAUCGGGGGAAGCUGUACUACCAUCUGAUCUACGGGCGGCGGUCUACUCGACCGUUGUUAGACAUGGCCCAUCUGAAGUGGUUGAAGAACUAAUGCAGGCUUACCGUGCAGCUAAGUGUCCUGAGGAACGCGCUGAUAUCCUCUCCGCAUUGGGUGGAGCUCAUGUGACUCGUCCGUAUACUUCAGCGUCUGGAGGUGUGGGCGACCUCACUGGCACUGGCGCGCGGUCCCAACUGGAACAAGUGCUCGCUUUCUGUCUCGAUCCAAAAGGCCCCGUCCGAGAUCAGGAUCGAAUCCAUGGACUUUCUGUAUGCGCCUCGUGGUCCGCUCCGGCUCGGCAGACCACAUGGAAAACUAUAAAGUCCGACUGGCCUCGGCUAUCCGAUGUGUACCACGGCCAGUUCCUUUUGGCGCACUUGAUCAAAGGUGUUCUGUGCGGAUUCGCAAACGAAGAGAGUAUUGCGGAUGCGAAGGUGAGUUGCGUCAGCUAG